UUUUAUUAUUAUUAUUAUUAUUAUGUGUGAUCACCAUUUUGUGUAUAUAUGUGUUUGCUUGCUUGGUUCAGUGUAUAUCUGUUUUGUUUUUGUUUUUGCCUGUCACAUCAUCGAUAAAGUUUUUUUUUUUUUCAAUAAAUUCUCUGUUUGUGCUCGGACCACAACAACAACGACAACGACAACAACAACAACAACGUUUACGUCAUUUAUAUGAACACAUCAUUAGCAUUUAAUUAAAUUCAUUAUCAUUAUAUUUGUUUAUUUUUCCAAUUAUUUCCACUUGUUCAAUGUCCACUUUUAUUAUUUUGUUUUGUUUUGUUUUGUUUAUAAUCAUCAACAACUUGAUAUUUGAUGCUACCGUUUUUGUUCUUCAUCUUUUUUUUUCCACCGGAAAAACUAACUCAACACCCAAUCUCAUUACAUUAUUGCAGAAUUUCUCCCUUUGUCUAUUUUUCCAUUGUUUCAAUCAAAAUGGCAAUGAUGACGUGAAAUAAAAAUAUCAUCAUUGAUCAAUAUGGAACAAUCACAGUCUCAGCAGCAGCCACAGCAGCAAUCAUCAUCGGAUAUUUCAGAUUUAAAUUCCGGUGAUGAUUCAACAUUAACAACAACUAUGGAUAAUAAUAACCGUUGUUAUGGUGAUAUAAAUAUCCACCAUAACGAUAACAACGGCGAUGUUGUAGAUGAUGAUGAUGAUGAUGAUGAUGAUAAUCUAGAUGAUGCUGAAACAACAACAACAACAUCGACAACAGAUCAAGAUGAACAAUUAAUGCAGAUUAUGAUACAGCAACCAAAUCAACAAUCAUUAAUUAAUGAUUCACCAACAAAUACGACGACGGCGACGACGACGAUGGCUGCUAUUUUUUCAACAUCAUCAACAAUGAUAACAACUAAUUCAACCGCAACAACAACAACAACAACAACAACAGCGAACGAUUCUAUAAAUCUACAACAACAACAGCAACAAUUUAUGAUGAAUAAUAAAACAUCACAACAAAUGAAACACCCACAACAAUUAAAUAAUUCAAGAUGGCCAUUACAAAAACAACGUUCAUAUACAAUAACAUCAACACAAUCGGAUCAAUCAAGUAGCACAACAACAAUCAUACAACGGUUAUUGGAUAAAAUUGAAAAUCUUGAAUCUGAUUUAAACCAUAUCAAACAGGAACGUGAUAUACUUUAUUCUGAAAAUGAACGUCUUUGUUUUCAAUUACAAAUGAUAAAUGAAGCAGACAAACAUCAACAAAGGUCAAGUGCAAGAAAACAGCAACAGCAACACAGCAGCAGCAGCGGCGGCGGCUAA